AUUAAUAGUUGCGUGAAUAUUUGGACCACGUGUUGUUGCGUUUCCAUGCAUUCAAUUGUGGAUGACGGAAUCCUAAUGAUACACGUUGUUACAUCAAAAUAAAUAAAUUUUUUUUUGUUAAAUUGUAAAAAUAAAAAAGAAAACUGCUAAACCCAAACUAUUACUAAAACUGAAAAUAAGCCUAGCUACUAGUGCUUUCCUUUAACAUCAUUCAUUCAUUCAUUCGCGGCGCGUGUGCUCAAGAAACCGUAGAUUCGAUAAUGAGCAAUAACAGCUUGCCGGCGACGGUUGCGGUGGCGGUUGCAGCGGUUGAGCUGACUGAUUCCUCCAGCUGGUGGCACGACAUCAACGACUCUCCGGUGUGGCAGGAUCGUAUAUUCAUCGCCCUUGCCGUCCUCUACGGCAUCGUAGCCGCCGUAGCUCUGGUUCAACUAAUUCGAAUACAAUUGAGAGUGCCAGAAUACGGUUGGACCACGCAGAAGGUCUUUCACUUUCUCAAUUUUUUGGUGAACGGGGUUCGAUGUUUUGUUUUCAUCUUCCAUCGGAAUGUGCAGAGGCUACAGCCAGAGAUUGUCCAACAUAUCUUACUUGACUUGCCAAGUCUCGCUUUCUUUACAACGUAUGCGCUUUUGGUCCUGUUCUGGGCUGAGAUUUAUUACCAGGCACGAGCUGUAUCUACUGAUGGACUGAAACCAAGUUUCUAUACAAUUAAUGUGGUGGUUUAUGCUGUUCAGAUUACUUUGUGGUUGAUAUUAUGGUGGAAACCUGUCAGCGUACUGGUCAUUUUGUCUAAGAUGUUCUUUGCAGGGGUCUCUUUGUUUGCAGCUCUUGGCUUUCUUCUUUAUGGUGGAAGACUAUUCUUGAUGCUGCAACGCUUUCCUGUUGAAUCCAAAGGGCGACGUAAGAAGCUGCAAGAGGUUGGCUAUGUGACGACCAUAUGUUUUUUAUGCUUCCUUGUCAGAUCCAUUAUGAUGUGCUUUAAUGCAUUUGAUAAAAAUGCGAACCUUGAUGUCUUGGACCAUCCUAUUCUAAACUUUAUAUAUUACCUGUUGGUGGAAAUAUUGCCUUCUUCUUUGGUCCUUUUCAUUUUGAGGAAGCUGCCACCCAAGCGUGGUAUCACACAAUAUCACCCAAUUCGCUGAAAAGAUUGAACAUACCUAGAAAAAGAGAGUCAUCAGUGGUGCUCU